AUGCAGGGCCAGAAACAGGUGAUUCACCUGAAGGUGAAGAGAGACUAUUUUGUGAGUAAUUUUCCAGUCUUCAGCUACCACAAUGGUGUCCUGGGGCAAGAAAUGCCUUUCAUCUCGCAUGACUGUCACUAUGAAGGCUACAUAGAAGGAGUCCCAGGUUCUUUUGUUUCUCUCAACACCUGUUCGGGCCUCAGGGGCAUCCUGAUUAGGGAGGGAAAACCCUAUGGCAUUGAGCCCAUGGACACUUCAAAACGGUUUGAACAUGUGCUGUACACCAUGGCACACCAAGCUCGAGUCUCCUGUAAUGUCACUUCCAAAGGCAGCCAAGUGGUGUCCACCAGCCGGCAACAAGGGAGCAGGGAGCCUCGCAGUCUACAGGCACCGUCCUCCUUUUGGUCACACACCAAGUACGUGGAGAUGUUUGUCGUGGUCAACCACCAGCGGUUCCAAAUGUGGGGCAGUAACGUCAAUGAGACAGUCCAGAGAGUAAUGGACAUCACCGCUCUGGCCAACAUCUUCACUAGGGGAAUAAACACAGAGGUGGUGUUGGCUGGAAUGGAGAUCUGGACCGAGGGGGACCUCAUAGAAGUCCCAGCGGACUUGCGAGUUACACUCAGGAAUUUCAAUAGCUGGAGACAGGAGAAGCUGUUCCAUCGUGUGGAGCACGAUGUUGCCCACAUGAUCGUUGGACAUCAUCCUGAAGGGGAUGCGGGGCAGGCAUUUCUCAAUGGUGCCUGUUCGGGAGGCUUUGCAACAGCCGUUGAAUCCUUCCAUCAUGAAGAUGUCCUCCUGUUUGCAGCGCUCAUGGUCCAUGAGCUCGGGCACAACUUGGGUAUUCAGCACGACCACUCAGCCUGCAUUUGUAAAGAUAAACACUUUUGCCUCAUGCAUGAAAAUAUCACUAAGGAAAGUGGCUUCAGCAACUGCAGCUCUGACUACUUCUACAAGUUCCUCCGGGAGCAUAAAGGGGCCUGCCUAUUUAACAAGCCUCGGCCCAAAGGUCGCCUGCGUAGGCAAGCCACAUGUGGAAAUGGUGUGUUGGACUACAACGAGGAAUGUGACUGUGGACCUGACUGUGGUAAUAACCUUUGCUGUGACCAAACAUGUCGGUUGAAGGAGCAGGCACAGUGUAAUGAUGGACUAUGCUGUUUUAAUUGCCAGUUCAGACAUAAAGGAUUCAUGUGUCGCUCUGCUUUGGGAGAGUGUGACCUCCCAGAGUAUUGUGAUGGUUCUUCUGGUAAAUGCCCCACAGACCUCUAUAAGCAAGAUGGUACACUGUGUGAUAUAAUUCACUAUUGCUUUAGAGGCCGGUGUAAGAACCCUGAUAUUCAGUGCAUGGAUAUAUAUGGUUCCCCUGCAGUGUCUGCUCCAGAAGACUGUUAUAUUUCUAUGAACAGCAAAGGUAACCGGUUUGGGAACUGUGGCUUUGGGGCCUCACCUAGGUCAAAAUAUGUUAAGUGCUUUGAUGAGAAUAUAUUUUGUGGGAAACUUGUUUGUACAAAUAUUAGACGGAUACCAGUAAUCAAACCCUAUCAUACACUGAUCCAGGUCCCUUAUGAAAAAGACUUCUGCUGGAGCAUGGAUGCCUAUAACAUCAGUGAUAUCCCUGACGAUGGAGAUGUGCACACUGGCACUCUCUGUGCCCCACACAAAGUCUGCAUGAAUUACUCUUGCACUGAUCAUGUCGUACUCAAGUACGACUGUGAACCAAAAGAAAUGUGUAAUGGGAGAGGAGUUUGCAACAAUUUAAAGCACUGCCAUUGUGAGGCUGGCUAUGCCCCACCUGACUGCAAAGCUCCAGGAAAUGGUGGUAGUGUGGACAGUGGUCCCCCCAGCAAAUCACCUAAUAAUGAAAAUCUAAGUGCAGGAGGAAUUGCCAUUCCUACUAAACGUACAAGUGAAAUGAAGAUUCUUGGCAAGGUAAUUUUCAUACUCCCCGCAUUUCUUUUACUAUUAUUGUUGAUUUUAAUAUUUUUCAUUAGCCUUAGGGCUGGAAUUGAGUCAAUAGAGACUCCAGGGGGAUCCUCAGAGGUGACCUCAGAGACCACAACGACUACUGAGGCAACAGAGUUCCUAACACAGGACUUAGGAAAGAACGUUGCAAAUGUUUCAGAGAUGGGUCCAGAGAAGGAGCCACAGGAAGCCCAACCACCAGAGGAGCCCUCCCCACCGCAGGAGGAGCUGUUUCCACAGGAGGUGCCCCCACCCCAGGAGGCCCCCCAACCACAGGAUGCACCCAAACCACAGGAGACCCCCAAACCAAAGGAAGCCUCACCCCCAGAGGCCUCUGCAACCCUGGACACCCCACCCCCAGACGCCCCUCCACCCCCGGACUCCCCUCUACCCCCCGACACCUCUCCACCCCCGGACAUCCCUCCACCCCCCAAGGCCCCACUGCCUGAAGUCCCAGGAGAGCCUGUACCAUAGAGGUAGCAGGUGAAGGACAGGAAAAAUCAAAGGCAGAAGAAUAGUGGAGGAAGAAGC